AUGGGUGGUGUCACGGUUCGCGAUGUGGAUGCUCAGAAGUUCAUCGAAGCUUACUCCGCGUUUUUGAAGAGACAGGGUAAACUACAAAUACCAGGCUGGGUUGACACGGUCAAAACUUCACACUCCAACGAACUCCCACCCCAAUCGCCGGACUGGUUCUACAUCCGAGCCGCCGCCAUCGCCCGACAUGUCUACCUCCGCAAAUCCGUUGGAGUAGGCCGCUUACGAAAAGUGCACGGGAGCACUAAGAAUCGAGGAUCGAGACCGUCACACCACGUCCAUGCUUCUGGUAGUGUAGACAGGAAGGUGCUACAGGCCUUGGAGAAACUGGGGAUUGUGGAGCAGGUGGAUGAGGAGGCCGAGGGUGGUGGACGAGGUGGAAGGAGAAUCACACAGGCGGGGAUGAGAGAUUUGGAUCGGAUUGCAGCUACCACGGCAGAGGACGAUGAUGAGGACGAGGAAUAA